AUGGCUCCAUCAGAUACUCGCGAGAAGCCUUUCCAUGUCGCAGUCUGCGGUGGGGGCAUUGGAGGUCUUUGCAUGUUGAUCGGGCUUCUACGCCAAAAUAUCUCCUGCACACUCUAUGAAUCUGCUGCGGCCUUUGCAGAAAUCGGCGCAGGGGUUUCUUUCGGACCUAAUGCCGUGCGGGCAAUGUCCUUGAUAGACCCUGAUAUCAAGAAAGGCUAUGAUAGGAUAGCUACCGGCAACGCAUGGCCGGCGAAGAAGAACCUCUGGUUUGAAUUCAACCUUGGACCUAAGGAGGAUGGGUGGAAGGAUUUGAAGGCCCCUGGAAAGGAGGGCCAGCGAAUUGCACAGGUCGUGGCGUUGGAUGUGGGGCAGAGUUCUGUGCAUCGGGCACAUUUUUUGGAUGUGCUUGUCGACCUGGUUCCCGAUGGCGUUGCGCAGUUUGGGAAGAGAGUUGAGAAGGUGGAGAAGAAAGGCCAGAAGAUGCUCCUGACCUUCCAAGACGGUUCCACUGCUGAGGCGGAUGCGGUUAUUGGCUGUGAUGGAGUGAAGUCUCGGGCGAGACAAAUUCUUUUGGGAGAGGACCAUGAGACUACAAAUCCCACUUUCACCGGAAAGUACGCCUACAGAGGUUUGAUACCCAUGGAGAAGGCAGCAAAGGCUUUAGGAGACGAGCUGGCGAGAAAUAGUCAGAUGUAUUUGGGUCGUCAUGGACACGUCUUGACCUUCCCGAUCGAAAAUGGCAAGACUAUGAACGUCGUUGCGUUCCAGACCAAGAUGGAUGGAAAAUGGGAGGAUGAGAGAUGGGUUUUGCCAAUGAAAAAGGAGGACAUGUUCGCUGAUUUCGAGGGCUGGGGCGAGAGUGUUCAGAAAGUCCUCUCACUUAUGGAAAAACCUGACGUCUGGGCAUUAUUUGACCAUCCUCCAGCACCAACAUACUUCAAAGGACACUUCGCAUUACUUGGAGACGCCGCCCAUGCAUCAACCCCACACCAAGGCGCCGGCGCAGGCCAAGCUAUCGAAGAUGCCUUCAUUUUGUCCAACCUCCUGGGACAAGUGAAUUCGGUAGAUGAAAUAGAGAGAGCCUUCUAUGCAUACGAUGCCGUCCGGAGACCCAGGAGCCAGAAGGUCGUAGCGACCAGCCGCGAUGCCGCCAAAAUUUACGAAUUCGAAGACGAGAAACUUAAAUCCAAUUUGGUUAUGAUUAAAAAGACGUUGGAAAUGCGUUAUGACUGGAUUUGGAACGAAGAUCUUCCCCAGCAGUUGAAGACGGCCGAAGCCAUCAUGGGUAGUGGGCAAGCUUGUAGAUAG